AUACGGCCGGUGCUGGAGUUCUGGGAGACGAUGCGGCCGGUGCAGGAGCUCUGGACGACGAUGCGGCUAGUGCUGGAGUUCUGGGAGACGAUGCGGCCGGUGUAGGAGCUCUGGACGACGAUGCGGCUAGUGCUGGAGUUCUAAGUGACGAUGCGACCGGUGCUGGAGUU